AUGGCACGCAAUAAUCGUCUGAGGGCCUCACUGCCUUUCAAGCUGCUGUUCAUCCUCCAUUUCCUCCCCGUGGCAUCCCUCCGCCUCUUAUUCUACAUUGUUUUCUAUGCUUUCCGCUUUUCGCGCCCCCGCUGGCCAUACAGGCGCUGCAUCUCAGUCGAGAUAAUCAAGUUGUCUGUCGAACUUGUCUACGGCAUCGACUACAAAGCCAAACUGUCCCUGAACCCAGACAAGGAAGGAGAUCAGUUCAUCAGGAUCAAACCUCGCCUCGAUUGCGUGUACAAAGACAUCCUCGAUAGCGCUGAAAUCAAACCCGCAAUAGUCGGCGCCAUCUGGUACCCAACCCGCUACAGCAACGCAGACACCACCCAGAAAAUCGUCCUCCAUUUCCACGGAGGCGGAUACAUAAUAUGCGAUGCUCGCGAAGACGACUGCGGCCCCAGCGCUCGCUCCCUAAGCCGACAGUUCGACGACGCCCCCGUCCUUUGUCUCGACUAUCGACUGGCAAAUACACCCAACGGGCGCUUCCCUGCGGCCAUCCAGGACGCAGUCACGGCGUAUCGCUACCUCAUCGAAGACAUGAACAUUGACUCGUCGCGGCUUAUUCUCUCUGGUGACUCUGCGGGCGGGAACCUCGUUCUGGCGCUCUUGCGUUAUCUUUCUGACAAUCCCGAUGUGCUGCCUCUGCCUAACGCGGCGCUUCUUUGGUCUGCUUGGGUUAAUCUCUCUGAUAUGAGCCAUGUCGCUCGCAGUGUUAAUAGGGGUAUUGAUUGUCUGAACGCGACGUUCUUGGAAUGGGCUGUGGACGUCCUGACGGAUGACGGGAGGAUUGUGCCUAGCUCACAUCCGUAUCUCUCCUUUGCGCAGUCUCCGUUCUAUGUGAAGGUGCCUAUUUGGGCGAUGGUCGGGACGGCGGAAAGCUUUUAUGAGUCGAAUGCUAAAUUUGUGCGGGAAAUGCGUGCUUUUGGAAAUGUGGUGAUGUUGUAUGAAAUGCUGGAUGCACCGCAUGAUGUGUUUAUGGCGAGUAGGGCGUACGGGUUGGAGCGGGAGGUCGAAAAAGCGAUGAGAGAGGUUUGGGGAAUCAUUCAGAAGGGUGCUUGGUGA